AAACCUAGGUUGUAUAUCCUGUUGGAAGAAAAUAUAUGUCAGCACCUUCAGCUCCUACUCUGAAGUUAGUAUCUUCUCCUGAGCUGAAAGCCCUAUAUUCCACUGAUGAUGUCAAGCUACCUCCUUGGUUGGAUGGGAUGUGUUUGGCAGAAUAUCUUCCAAAUCUGGAAGAAUAUCUUGGGAAACAGGUCUUAGAGGCUGUUUCAUUGAUUGAAGUUAGAAGGAACUUCAUUGAAGCCUUAGCCUGUCCAUUUGGAAGGCCAGUUGAAGCUGAUCCUGUCUUUUGCAGGAAGGCAACUUUUCUUUCAGCAUCUGGAGUUUUCACAUUCCUGGUAUUAUAUUACACUUAUUACUUGAUGCCUAUUGAUCAGAUCGCUAGGGCUAUGGAGAUGAUGGCCAUGGUGAUGCGGCAACAAAGUGCUCACUUUGUUCAGAUAGAGGCAGGUAGAACUGCGAUUGAGGCAGCUAGACGGGUGGUCUCUCAGGAUGGGAGAGAUUUAGCAGAGUUCAGGAGAUGUUAG